GUGAUUCGUAAGACGUCCGUCAAACUGCGUCGCUCACGAGUAUCGCCGGCAGCCUUGCUGCUGGGCACCCGACCCAUCUCCGGGCUGAUAGAACCAGCGAGGAGUCCAGAGGAGCCGGCGUUGGACGUCGCCCAAGAUAAGGCUUACUGGGGCAGCGUCGCCAUGGCAAUGAGCACGACAAGUGGAUCUGGCAGCGGCCCAGGCGGGGGUGAAAUGCGGCGCGGGGGUGACGUCACACCGCACACACAACCCCAGCGGAGGCUCAUCAAAGUCGACUUUGACAAUCUAGAGGAUGAUGAGGAUGAGGAAGACACUGAAACCUGCGCGAGUCCAGAGACGUGUGCUCCCCAACCCUUCCCGAGGCACACUGCACCGACCACACAACAAACGCCGAAGCCUUGGAAGAGAACUGAGGAAGUUCCUCGUGCUCCACCGCGCACGCGCAUCACCCACGACGAGUACCACCACUUCUGCGACCAGACCCUUGAAUCAUACGACCUGGCGACGCAGUGUCCGUCGCGACGUGCCUCCAUGCGACGCCACACGCUGACGCAUCCGGCCUGUCCACCCACCGAUGGCGCGCAAUCCUUGCCGCACUCCAGACCAGGUUCUCGCGCAUCGUGCGCUGGUGCGGCUUCGAUCGCGAGCAGUGACGCUGACGUCCAGCUCGGGGAGCUCUCCUGGUCGCGGUCCUCGCUUCAGGAUGAACUGAUCAAGUCGGUUAGUGGAAGCCCCAAUCAUGGAUCGCAUAAGCAAUGGCAAGACGCAAUCAUGUCUGACGAUCGGCUGUCGCUGACCUUGGAGGAGAUCGUGCACAUCAGGUCCGUGCUGACCAAAGCCGAGCUCGAAGUCUUGCCUGUUGAAGGCAGAGUCAAGGAAGACGUUGAGAAGAGAAGGGUAUGCUUCUUGUGUUUGAAGACAAGAUUCGGUAUUUUUGGUCCUUGGGGCCAAAAAUGCAAACUAUGCAAAAAGACUGUCUGUCAGAAGUGUUGUUCGAAGAUGCGUAUACCAACGGAGCAUUUCGCUCACGUGCCAGUCGUCCUGCUGAGUCCAUCGCUGCUGCCGUCGCCGGAGGACGAGGCUCACUCCUCCUUCCCGAGGAGCCUCAUGUCGAGGCUGGUCUCGCCUGAGUACACGAGCAUGGUGGAGAACAGCGUGGGCAGCGCGCCGAGCAGCCCGGCAGGGGCGCGGCGGGCGGCGGCGAGCAGCGCGCCCCCCUCGCGCGGCCCCACCCCGCUGUCCCUGCCGCCCGCGCCGCUCAUGUCGCGCAGUGUGGACGCGCCCGCAGACACGCUGUACCGCAGGUCCCGCUACAGCCGCAGCCCGACCGGUGCAGCCGAGCGUCUCCGCGGCGUGCAGAUGGCGGUGUGCCACGACUGCAAGGCGAUGGUGCUGCAGAUCAUCAAGUCGUCUCGGGCGUCGCGCUCGGCGUCCCGCGACCGAGCCCUGCGGCACCUCACCCUCGACCUGGCGCCAGUCUACACGCCGAACUGCUAAACUUAUACCAGAUAAAUAUCGAGAAUCGAGGAACCGCUUUUGAAAACAUCAGUAUUUUUUUUGCACUUGCAAUAAAACACCAAUAGAUAAUUUACAGUGUCAUGCAAAUAAAUAUCAACAGAGUUGAACCUGGCCGAAUGUUGGUAACGAAAAACUACCCGCUUAAAGUCAUUAGGGUUAUUGACCCUCGAGUUAUGAGCGCUUUAUCCUACAGGCCCAUAAAGUGUUAAAAAAAAUUUAAUUCCAUUUAUGUUUUAAGCUUCGAGAGCGGUUUCCUCUUGCUUAACCCUUUCAAUCUCAAUUAUAACUAUUUGAUCAAAAUAAAAAUUAGCUUGCCGACAAUGUCUGUUGAAUAUGAAACAAUCUAACCGAUAAGAAUAUUUGGGUUAAACUACAGCUGUAAUGUACUAUUUUUAUUCUUGUAUCAAUUAGUCGACAUAUUCUAUCCCUAGUAAUAUUUGACAGCUCGAGGUUGUUGGCAGCCCUGUUCUUAUUUUGAUCGCAUAGUCGGUAUUUUGUCGUAAUUGUAUUGGAUUUUAUCCACUUGUUUGGUAAGAUUAAGUACGUUAUAAUUAUAUCGAAUAACAAUUUUCUGUCAAUGAAAUGAUAAAUAUUCAAUUUUGUGAAAUUAAAAUUUUAUUAUGGUUUUAACGCCGUUGCUCAAAAGAAAAGAAUUUGCUUUCAGCAAACAAAACAAAAAAAUAUAAUUCGAAUGUUUAAUUAUUAAAUCGUGUUUUUAAUGAAAUUCGAUUUUUUUUGAAACUUAACUUUAAUUAUUUUCAAGGUUAUUGUAAACAACAAGUACUUAUGAUACGGAAAAUACAAUACAAUUACGGCCAUUUUAUUUCUUGUAGUAAUGUGAUCACAAAAUUUAUCGAUGCUGGAAAUAAUCGAGUAGGGUAGGGAAGUUUCGAUAUGUUUAAACUGGCAAUAAUGAAAUAUCAAAGACAAAAAAUUACAAAAAACAUUUUUGUACAUCUUGCUUCAUUACCCCAAAGGGAAAAGGUUUUCCUCAUCGAUAAAAUUUGGAGAUGUACUUUCGUCAAGUAGUAAUUGUUGACUAGUUAUACACGAGACUUCAUGAUGUUUUAAUUUCUAUAAAUUAUGAUUUGUUAUAUUUGGUUUUUAAAAUUUAUUAUUAUUCUUAUUAUCAUGUGACAUUAAUUUUAUUUUUGACAUAAAUUCAUUAUCAAUUUUGUUAUCUAAAGUGAGAAACAGGCAUACUUUUAAAAUCCUAAUCUUGUAAAACUAGUUAAUAAUUAUUGAUAUAAAAACCAUAGUUCUUAUUUAUUUAGUAAACCAAUACUGUGCAGUAAUUUUACUAAAUUUAAAAUUUUGAAAAUCUAACUUGAAACUUGUUAAUCAAUAUCGCUACAUUGGUAAAAACACGUUAUAUAGAUUAGUCGACAGUAAUUUGACUGAUUCAUACAACGUUUCUUAAUCGAUAAAUAAAAAUAAAGUCGAACAUUGGUUUCAAUUCAAUAUUCUCAUUUUAAUAUCGAUUAAAAUAUACAUUGACUGCUAAUGUUUUAGUAUAUCUGUUAAAUCGAUAAACUAAAACAUGCGAUGUCUAAAAUCAAUGUGUCGAUAUCGAUUUAAUUUAAUUUAAAUACAGAUCUAAUUUCCAUUGAAUAAUUGUUUGUUGAGUGUAGAAUAUGAUAAUUUUAUUGAUGUGUGUAAUGAAAAAAAUAAUCGUAUUAACCGUACAAAUGCAUUUUAUCAUUACUUGUUAUUC